UGUGAUUGGCUGAGCAGACUGAGUGGCAGACGGGUGAAGAUGGCGGUUCAGGUGUCCGCGGUGCUGCUGCUGCUUGGACUCUCAGCGGGUCUCGGUCUCUCUGCGGGCCCCGGACUCUCGUCUCCCGGUUCCGGUCCGGACUCUGAGCGCGGCCGGAUGGAGCUGCGUCGCGUGCGGAGCCUCGCCGCUCAGCCCAGGUACGGAGGAUGUUGGGCUCGAGCUGUGGAGCACCUGGACACGCGCUGCAGGGACAUGACGUCAGAGAGCCAGAGCCAGAUCGCGCUGAGUUUCACCUUCUGUCACCUGAGCAGCUCAGGCAGGGAUUUCCCAUCAUGCCCUGAGGGGUCAGAGGUCAGCAGGUGUACAGGUGGUAUGGAUGCUGUGGCCUUUAACACCUAUACCGAGUUCUUCACCCACACUCACUCCAUCUGUCACUUCCUGCAGUCUGAAGCCUGGCAUAGCCGAGCUGAGAACACCAUGCACAGGUUAACAGAGAGUUCAGCAGGUGUCGCUGACCAGCUUCAGUCCACCAGGCAGAUGGCUGAGGAUCUAAUUGAUGCCCAGACUGCUGCCUUAGAGGCACAACAAGAGAUCCUGAACAACGGCGAGGAGCUGAGAGUCACCCUGAGAGACUCUACCCAGGGUCUGCGGUCGGUGUUCUCGGAGCUCAGCAGUGUCUCCAGAGAGCAGCAGGUGGUUUUGUCUGAACUCUUCAACAGAGUUUCUUUCCUGCACAGUUUCCUGCUGAUGGAGUCUCACAGUCUGAGCUCCUGCUGCUACAACGCUGCUGCUCUCUGCACCUCCUUCCUGCUCACCUCCACCCGCCGCUCCUCCAGAGCCAGGUUGGUGUUGUUGAGUCUGGUGUGUUUAAAUUUCUACCUGGAGAGGAAGAUCAACCAGUUUGUGAUGAACUCUGAUUCUCCUGAACACCAACAAAUGGAGCUGGUCAGUGUGUAUGUGAGUGUGUUGCGGCGCUUCAUGGUGUGUGUUGGAGUGUGUGUCCUGCUGUGUGUGUAUGUUGGGUACAGAGACCCCUUCCAGCAGAGUCUGCAGCAGCUCAGAGAGACUCAGAGUAGCCUGCAGGAGGUGCUGCAGCAGGCAGAGUCUUUGGCGGAGCUACAGAAGAAGAAUCAGCUGACUGUGAAGAGGAGGUCAGAGAGUAGAGGAAGAGAGGAGGCGCUGAGGAGGAGACAGGAGAUAAUAAAAGAAGAAGAAAAAGAAGAAGUGGAGGAGGAGGAGGAGCUCUGCAGCACGUUGGUGUCUCCAACCACAGAGGACCCAGACCUGUCUCACCUGUCUCACAUUGGAUGGAGUACUGACAGUAUUCUCAGCAGUACAGUGAACAGCUCAGCGGCUGACAUCACCCUGCAGCAAAACAUAACCCACAAUGCCUCAGUUCAGAGUCCCACUACCCAGAAUGCCUCAGUGAGUGCAGGUAGGCGCCGUCGUCGCUCCUCCGUCUCCUCCCCUCUGGUCUACAGCAUCCUGGUGGAGGACAAACAGCCUCGGUACAGCCUGAGGAGCAGAAGAUCAGAGACUCACUGAAGGACGCUCUCGCUUUGUUUCAUUUCUCUGCUGUAGAUUUUAAACAGAAUGUUUUUUUCUGAAUAUCAAUAAAACUGAAUUUUAGAUUUUAAACAGA